UCUCUUUAACAAAUACUUCAGAACCUGCUGGGCACAGAACAACUGCACACAACAUUGGUGGACUAUAUUAGCACAAUAAACCAGCAAGGCAAGGAUACAUCUAGAAUCAACACUGUCCGCGGGGUGAAAAAGAACAAGGAAACGGUGAAUUCGGAUCCUCUGCAGUCUCCUCCCUGAGAUAUGGCGCUGGGGUUCCUGAGCUGCUCUUCAUCCAUUCCUGACCUGUGGAUUCUGCUCUUGGUCAUUGUAGUUCUUUCUCAGCCAGGAUAUAUGAGACAUGAUGUUCUCCUCCCAGAUGACGGUAAAGAUAAUAUCACAAUCUUUACCCGAAUCCUCGACAGACUGUUGGAUGGCUAUGACAACAGGCUGAGGCCUGGCCUGGGAGAAAGUGUAACUGAAGUGGAAACAGAUAUCUAUGUUACGAGUUUUGGACCAGUUUCAGACACUGACAUGGAAUAUACAAUCGACGUGUUCUUCCGGCAGAGAUGGAGAGAUGAACGUCUGAAGUUUGACGGCCCAAUGAAGAUCCUCCCCCUCAAUAACCUGCUGGCGAGUAAGAUCUGGACCCCAGACACAUUCUUCCAUAACGGGAAGAAAUCUGUAGCCCACAAUAUGACCACACCCAAUAAACUGCUCCGCCUGGUGGAUAACGGAACGCUGCUCUACACCAUGAGGUUAACAAUUCACGCAGAGUGUCCCAUGCACCUCGAGGACUUCCCAAUGGAUUCACAUGCUUGUCCAUUAAAGUUUGGAAGUUAUGCAUACACAAACUCUGAAGUGGUUUAUAUUUGGACCCUCGGCCACGAUAAAUCUGUGGUGGUAGCAGAGGAUGGUUCUCGCUUAAACCAGUACGAUUUGCUGGGCCAUGCUGUCAGCACUGAAGUGAUCAGAUCCAGCACAGGAGAGUACAUAGUGAUGACUACGUAUUUCCAUUUGAAAAGGAAAAUUGGCUAUUUUGUGAUUCAGACAUACCUCCCAUGCAUCAUGACUGUCAUUCUGUCCCAGGUAUCCUUCUGGCUCAACAGAGAGUCAGUACCUGCUCGCACGGUGUUCGGCGUCACUACCGUCCUCACAAUGACCACCCUGAGUAUCAGUGCUAGAAACUCUUUACCCAAAGUGGCGUACGCGACGGCCAUGGACUGGUUCAUAGCCGUCUGUUAUGCCUUUGUGUUUUCUGCACUGAUUGAAUUUGCAACGGUGAACUAUUUCACCAAGCGGAGCUGGGCGUGGGACGGUAAAAAAGCUAUGGAGGCCCAGGAGCAGAGGAAGAAGGAUUCAGCACCACUUUCAAAGAAAGCCAAUAACACAUACAAUAUUGUUGGGACAACCUACGCCAUCAACAUAGCUAAAGAUCCAGGCCUACCUACGAUUUCAAAGAGCGCAGCCACAGCAGCUACCACAGCAGCUCCUGUCAAAAUCCCUCAAAUGGAAGAAAGUCCCCCGGAAAGCAACAAAGCCUACAACAGUGUCAGCAAAGUGGACAAGAUGUCCCGCAUUAUAUUCCCUGUGCUUUUUGCCAUUUUUAAUUUGGUUUACUGGGCAUCCUAUGUCAACAGAGAGCCAAUCAUUAAAGGGUUAAGCCCUAGUAAAUGAAUUUGCCUACAAACGGUCAGGUUUUGUUGUCAAAAAAAUGAUUUUUUUUUCUUCUUCUGUGUACCGCUAAAACUGUUCACGAGAGUUGUUUAAACAUUCUCCUUUAUUCUCUAUGGGAAAAUUAUAUCUUGUCACAAAUUACUGUGAUUCUAUCAAAGCACGUUAAAGAGAAAAGUCAGCUUAGUUAUUUCCUAGGUUUCAUUUGCUUGUAAACAACAGUUCAACAGCGGGAUUCAGUCAAGUUUCCUGCAUUGCAUUAAGCAUAGCUAGAGUUCUACAACAGAAGUAUUAUAUACAGUACGUAGUCUUUUCAAGCAAUAUUAUCUGCUAUAUAUAAUAAUCAUAAAAAACUGAUACGUUAACAAGUUAGACUAUAAAUAGAGACUGACAUACAAAAAAAAAAUAUUUGUUUUAGCAGAACAGCUAAUAUCCUGAUGAUGCAUACUGUAUUAUAGUGUUGCAUAUUUGCUUAUCUCAUUGCAUCCGUGUUUGAUCUGCCUAUUUGAUGGUAGUUUCCCUUUAAAGUAAAAUUGCAUUCGGCAGGCAUUUUGUAUGUUGAGGUUCCUUAGCAAUAGCCAGCGCAGGAACUGAUUUUGUUGGUGAUUCAUUGUGGCAGCCCAGAGACUGUCAACAUACAGUUUCUACACUUCAAUAUGUUAUUCCUUUUAGCCUGCACCACUGUACUGGCAGAGGAUAUAGGAGACAAUAGCUCCCAAUUCAACCUGCAUCAUUAUUUUCAACCGAAAUUUUAUUUUUUUAAAUAAUUAACUACAUUUAUCAAAUAAAGUAGAAACAUAGUAGCACACAUACAAGUUUACCAGUAGAGUAUACAUGAAAAGUGACUUCUUCAGUCAUCAAGAAGUCCUGUCCCCAUGGUCUGAAUAGUAGACCAGCUGAAUAGACUCUGCCUCGGUGGGAAGCAUGAACACAACCUGUACAAAACUUGUAUCUUUACUUGAGGACAACACUUGACCUUAAUUGUUUUUGUUUUUAAUGAGAAAACUGAUCUUUGGCCGAAUGAGUUUGCCUGACCAUUAUGAGGUCUAUGGCUUUAUCCCUUUCUUUAGCUUGCAUGUUCAGUGGGAGACUUCAUGUGGGAGUGUUUUCUUUAAAGACUGGAUAUUUUGGCAUCUCCGUCUGAUUGUUCAUUGAUACAAUGCCCCAGUGGGUCCCAAGUGGCUCACCUAGUGAGUGCAGGGCGAGACAUGCAAUCCCAGUUCAAAUCUUUUUGCUGAUCUUGGCAGGGGACCCACACGGAUCACUGCGUUAGAUAUUGCAGUAGGUUUAUUUGGGGAUGGUUCAUCUUAUGCUGCAGUGACCCCUACUGGUUAGACGCACAAGUCCAAGUGGAGACUAACCAGGCUUGGCCUGAUUCCAGAGGUCAGUAGUUUGGUAGCUUCUGUUACUUGGGUUUGGCUCGAGAGUAAAGACAGAGGUGAUCCAUGUGGGCUACCUCAGUGAAGCUACAUUUGGGCAUUUCAAUAUAGCGUAGGAAAACAGUGGUAAGAUGUGCUAAAAAAUGUAUAAAAAAAAUAAUACAAUUUCUCGUUACUGUUAAAGUGUAAGCAAAACAAGCCCAAUCAGACAAACCCAUUUCUGGUAAGAAGUUAUGUUAGUAGUCCCAGUGUGUCAUAUUUACAAGAAAAACCUUAAGUCUAUCAUUUAUAUACUCUGGUUACUCAAAUCCAUGUCUAAAAAAAACAUCCAAGCACAUACUGCAUUAGUCCACUUUUUACUUCAACUAUUCAAAGUUUUUACAGUUUUUUCUACAGUGCCUCAUAUGUUUUGUAUGUAUGAUGUUUUCUUACAUAUUUAUGAAGGUUGCUACUUCACAAGCCCAUGAUGAAAAUACUAACUGUAUAGAUGUUUCAUGUAAAAUGUUAUCAGCAUACAAAAACACUAACAUAUUCUAAUAUACUCUAUAGUGCAUAGAAGACUACACUAUGGUAAAAUGUAAUAAACGUUCACCCAGGAAUUGUAUUCUUGUGUAAUAGUUUGGGACACUGCUUUAAUUAGCUGUAAUAGAGGGUGAGCCUUUCCCAGAAUGUUCUGAAGUUCUGUUCCCCUUCCGGGUGGUCGACAGUCUUCCAUGGUCGAGGGCCCUGGUUGACGUCUGCUGGAUAUUGUCCAUAACUUCCAAACAAUCAAAUUUAUAAGCAGACAAUAUACGAAUACCACCACCACAGGCUGAGGUAUUAGUCAUGAAAGCGUUAUGCCAAAACAUUUGACCUAUUUCAGUAGUCUUGGAUCUUGUAAGUUAAGAUCUUAAUGUAAUUUCUUCAGAUCUUUUUUGAAAGCAGUCAGCGAUUCUCACAAUGAGAGAAAACCCUAAAGACAUUGAUAGACACCUUGUGAAAACACUGUCUACAAAACAAGAAGACAGGAACAUAACCAUAUCUCUGGGAACAUAAAGCCUAAGAUAACACUUUAGAUUACAAGGCAUACAUUACCAUGUAAUAACAUGCUAAUAACCGGGUGAAUAAAUACCAGUGGUAAAUGGUGGUGGAAUACGUUUAUAAUGACCUGUGCCAUGGGGCUACCGUACAGUGUUAUAACUGUGUAAUAAGAUGUUCACAAGGCCAUUUCCGUAUCAUUGCAUAAUAGUUAUCUACUGUAGUAAGAGCAGGAAUUGGUAACUACCCAGUUAAUAUAAAGGAAUUCUACAGCUAUGCAGGCCCUGUAAUAAUCUAAAGUCCUGCCUAAAGCUUUAUCUUGUGUAAUGGUUCCCAGUGCCUGAACGACUGCUGUGCUGCUGCUGCGUUAAGGGAGCAUGGCUCUUUUUGAGCAGUGGUAGCAAUCUAUGAGAGCCAAAGUAUCCUUUCGUCUUGUAAAGAAACACACAGGGAAAGUGAUAGAAGUGCAAUUUGUGGAUACAGCUGACAUUGGGGUUGCCUUGUAUUGGUUUGUGUUUUGUGCAACCAUAUAGUUCUGUGUAAACCAGCUACAUUAACCACCACUAGUGACAAACAAAACAAAAUAAUCAUUAAACAUUUAGGCCAGCAGCAGGUUAAUGCAUGACAAUCCUAUUGAUUUUUAUAUCUGUAAAUAAUGAUUUUAGUUAAAAGUCCCCUGAUGAAAAGGAAUUAUUUCUCAUUUUGCUUAGAUUUGGAGUGUUAGCAUUCCAGUGUUAAAUGCAGGUUCCACAUUGAGAAGCCUUUGGCGAUUUUGAAGAACAUGUUUAUAUUGGAAUACACUAGUGACUGGCAUGUAACCCUUUUCUAACGAGUGUCCAGCCCUUAACAUUGUAAAAUAUGUUUAAGACACUUUUAUUUCAGAUGUUUGGGAUUGUUCAGUGUUUAUUUCCAAAAUGAAAAAUGUAGAGGUAAUAUAGUGGGCGAACGCAAAAAAACUGUAAUAUCAGGAAUAUUUCAGGGCUAGAACACACCAUUAAAACAUAUUUGUAGAGCUGCAGCUAUGUAGAGCUGCAGCUAUGUUGUCUACUUUGAAGAAAUUGAAAAAAACUACAAAAAAAUGUUUUGAUAAAUCCAGCAAUGCUUGUGUAAAAACUGAAUGGAAAUAAACAGCCUUAAAUGUGUUUUAAUUAGGGGAGGACACCGAUAUAGAUAUUUUGAUAUGUUAUCAACAUCAUUCGAUAUCAAUAAUAAUUUCCAUAUCGCGAUAUCGUGGGAUAAAAAAAAAAUUCACGUACUCUCGCAGAGACAUAUUUUUUAUUGCUAAUACUGCUAAAAAUACAAAAGUAGUAUAAUCAAGUUUAUUUUAUAUUACCAUACAACAAACCCUCUACAUACCAAUCGUUGUUAGUCUCAUAGGCACACAUAAAGUAUUAUUUUACCGUUUUAUUCUAUUGAUUGGCGUUUUUCUUUUUCUAAGAACUUGAUUAAUUCAUUUAUUUCAAACAUUCAAUAGCUAUAAAUCAAGAAAAACACCAAAUUCACAACCUGUGUACCCUCUCGUAUGUCCUACCCCCGCUUCUUCACCUGUUUCCUCUCACUGGCCAAUGCCUUACCGCAGGGCUACCCAUCCUGGUCCUGGAGGGCCGCUGUCCCUCCUGGUUUUUGUUCCAACUGUAUUCUAAAUUACUU